AUGUUGCCGCCCACUGUGGUGGAGGAGAAUAAAGAGCAGCUGAUUAGUAUUUUGGAGCGCUAUGUGCAAGAUCAGAUCCCUGGUGCUAAAGUGAUAGUGGAAUCGAUCGGCCCUCGCGGCACGGAGAAGAAUGUGUUCUGCUUCUGUUUGUAUCUCUACCAAAGCAGAGCAGCUGCCCAGAUGACCAUUUUAUGCCUUAGAGGUUACUGGUUUCUGGACGGCAAGAUUCUGGACAUUAAUAAAGAGUUCCAGCCGUUCCUGGGCGAGGGCGGGCGGAUUCUGGAGAUCCGUUCUCCUGACAUUGCGGCGAGUGUGAAGAAGGCUGCGCAGGCGGUGGGCUACACAGAGGGGGCUCUGCUGGCGCUGGCCAUCAUCAUCGUUCUGUGCUGCAUCCCUGCUAUUCUCAUCGUCAUGGUGACAUACAAACAAUUCAAAGAGAGGCAGGCCGAGUGUGCCAAAACCGCCCGUAUCCAGAUGGCUCUUCCUGCCGGAAAAUCGACAGGAGGUGGCGCUCCGACCAAUCUCUAUGAGGAGCUGGGAGACGGCAGCAUCAGGCGUGGCUUUGGCAGAGAGCAGCAGCAGCAGCUGUUGAGACCCUCUCUGCUCCGGCCUGAGGCUCUCUCCAUGGAAUCCGGUAUCGACCCUGGACAAGAUUACUAUUCCCAAGACUACUAUAGCUACGAUCAAGGGUAUGAACCCUAUCCACCCUACGGCAGCCGCAGGAGGCUGAUUACACCUAUGUAUGAUGAGUAUGGAGAGGCCAUCAUGGAAGAUGAAGGAUAUUACUAUGGUGGACCAGAGGCUGGCAAAAGGAAGCGAAUCAAACUGCUGUUGGACCGAGAGCAUGACACGACUUCAACAGGAGAAGACAGUGGACCAGACGUCCAGCGCAAUCGCAUACCCAACAUCAGCAGCCACAGUAACAUCAACGGAUCGGUAUACCUUGCCCAAAAUGGUACCAUCAUCCGAACACGGAGGCCCCCUUACCCCAACAACUUAAAACUGGGCUCACCAACACGAUUAGGUAAACAGUUUAAAAAACUGGACAAGCUAGGUGUCACACAUGAAGAGCAUUUACCUUUAAAUGGAACAGAAGACAAUGGGCCUACUAUCAGCACCACCACUGCCCAUUCCUAUGUUACUGAUCACAACCUUAACUCCAAAGAGUGCAGUGUAAUUGGACCUAACAGCAUAGGGCCCAAAUCCAACAUCUAUAAAGCCUGUUCGGAGCAGGAUAAGGGGUGCUGUGAGCAGGAGUCCUCAGUGGACAAUGGGGAAAUUAAAGAGUUGGUAGACUCUCAAUGUGAGCAAACACUGUCUGAUGAAGAAGAGCUCUGGAUGGGUCCCUGGAACAACUUACACAUACCAAUGACAAAACUCUGAUUUCUAGUUUUGCUAAUGCUGAUGGUACUGUUUCUAUUUAGUUUCCUUUCUAGUCUUUUCUAUCUUCUAUUUGGGUUCUAUAAAGAGUUUAUCUGGAUUCUGUUGUACACACAUCAGACACCGACUAAGAAAUGUGAUUCUCUUAUAAAGAAUUCAUGCAGAUGACUAUAUUUCACUUCUUAUUGUAGUGUCAGAUUAAUUGUUGUGGAAGACAGGGCUAUUCUGUACGAAUUUCUUUGCCUCAAGUCAGCCGUUUCCAAGAUGUAUAAAACUGUAUAAUUAAAGAUAUUAGUUAUCAUAUAUGAUUUCACAAACAGACAAUACAAAAACAAAAAUGUAGCCGAAUCAAACCGUUUAGAAAGUGUGUCCAUUACAGCUUUGACUGAAGAGUAUUUUUUAAUAAAUGAAUCAACCAACGGUUGUUCAAAAACUCCCUAAAAAUCAGUAUAACCAGUGAAGGCUGCUACACUCAGUUAUUCCUCACGUUUUUAAUGGAUGUAUUUUUUACAUUGAGAAUAUAUAUGGUUGUAAUGGCCCGAAUAUUUUGAAAAGAUUAUUUACAUAGA